AUGCCGCUGGCAGCGCCGCGCUUUCCUCCCUGCCCGCAGGACCGCCACGCGCUGGAGCUCAAGGUGUACAAGCAGCGGGUGAAGCACCUGCUGUACUCCCACCAGGCGCACGUGGCGCGCCUCAAGACGGACGGCGAGGUGGCGCUGAAGCAGCAGGGCGAGGUGUUUGCGGCGCAAGAGGCGCAGCUGGCGGACGACAAGCGGCGGCUGCGCCAGCACGUGCGGGAGCAGGAGCUGUCCAGCGAGGAGCUGAUCAAGCACCGCAGGCUGGACAAUGCCAAGCAGGUCAGCCGCCUGCGGCAGGAGUUUGAGUCGCAGGCGCGCGCCAUACAGACCAAGUACGAGGCCCAGCUGCGCUCGCUGCAGGCGGCGGCGGAGGAGAGCUACGCGGCGGACCUGGCUGAUCUGGAGGAGCGGCGGGCGGCGCACGUGGCUGGGCUGAUGGCGGCGCACGAGGAGGCGGUGGCGGGCAUGCGCGCCUACUACUCACAGGUCACACUGGCCAACCUGGACCUCAUAAAGGCGCUGAAGGUG